UGUUUCUUCUCUGAGAAUAUUUAGUAAAUAAAAUUCAUUCUCUAAGUUUAUAGAAGUAUCGUUCAUAAAUAUAUAAUUUAAGAAAUUGAUAAGUUAACGAUACAAAAGUUUUUUGUUAUCUUAUUUAAAAUUUAUGAUAAAAUUUUUGAAUAGGAUAAUCAAUAUAGAUGCAUUUAGCUCCUAAUAAUUCCAUGUGGUGUUGCUAAAGCUUAUAGUUGCCUUAUAAAUAUGGAUUUUAAAAAUUUCAAGUUCAGAGACGAUGGAUUAUACAGAUUUUUUUUUUUUUCAUGGAUAGUGGAUUUUUAAAAAAAAAAACUGGUCGUUUGAAUAGAUAAUCACAAGCGCCUUCUCAUAGCCAAUAGGAUAUUUUUAUGUGCCGCAAUGAUAAGGCUCAUUUCUACAUCAUGUCUAACCUUAAGAUAAUACUUAGGAGGGUAUUUAAAUACAGUGUCGUGAGAUUAAUUAUUAUUACUAUCUAUUUAUAUUUUUAAGAAGAAUAUUGGCUUAAUUUUCCUUAAGCCAAGUCACUUGGGCCGGUCCAGAGCGAGGCCCGGGAUCGGGCCAAUUGGAUUUCUAGAAUGAUCCUGUCUCUUCCAGGCUUCAUUAUCUCCGUCUCCAUCUCCUCGAUCACCUUUGGACUUCCAGUGAUAGGGUUUCUGCUGCUAUAAAUACGCACCCAGAAGACAACGUGAAAAAGGUCCCCGUCUUCUGCUUCAUCGUCGUCCCCAAAUUCCAACUGCGAUCUCAUCCGCCUCGAAAACCUAGUUCCUCAAUCGUCGGGAUGGGGAAGUCCGGCCGCCGGAAGAAGAAUGCAUCCCAGGCUCCUGCGCCCGCCGCAGCGGGUGCCACUACCGCCGCUGCAACGCCGCCGUCGAAGCCUCCGCAGGCGACGCCGAGUAAUGGUGUUGUGGAGGUGGACGUGUCCGUCCUCUUGAAGCGUGCCCACGAGCUCAAGGAAGAGGGCAACCGGCUCUUCCAGGAGAAGGACUAUGGAGGCGCGCUGGGGCAGUACGAGAUGGCGCUCAAGCUCACCCCCCGCGGCCACCCGGACCGCGCUAUCUUCCACAGCAACCGUGCCGCCUGCCUUAUGCAGAUGCGGCCGAUCGACCACGAGGCCGUCGCGGCGGAGUGCUCGCUGGCGCUGCAAGCUCAGCCGGGAUUCCAGCGUGCGCUCCUCCGCCGCGCCAGAGCCCUCGAGGCCCUCCGAAGGUACGACCUCGCCCUCCAGGAUGUCCACGCGCUGCUCGCGCAGGAUUCCUCCCACCCCGACGCCCUCGAUCUCGCUCGCCGCCUCCGUGCUGCUGCUCCGACUUCCCCUUCCGCCGUCGAUCCCGGAAGCCGACCCUCUCCCGCAGCCCUAGGGGCCUCCGUUGUUCAGGUUGGUAUUCCCGUUUCUGGUCUCGGCCCUUGCCUUCCUGCCCGCCCCAAAAAGGCAUCCACGUCCACGCAGCCUUCACCCACUGCCAGUAAGCCAGCAGUUCCUUCUCAAAACCAUCAUCUCCCGAGCUCAUCAUCUCUUCCUAACGGCCCCCAGACGAAAUCCCAGCCCCUUCGGCUGGUUCCCUCUACGCUUCCUAAUGGUGAGACCCCUUCCCAAUCAUCACAAAUUGUGUCACCUAGAGGCAGUUCACAGCAUAGUGUCAAAAAGAAGACUUUAAAAGCAGAGUCUAUCCGUUGGAGGCCAUUGAAGCUCGUGUAUGACCAUGAUAUCAGGCUUGCCCAAAUGCCUGCAACUUGCACCUUCAAGGUUCUAAGGGAUAUCGUGACUAACAGAUUUCCUUCAUCCAAAUCUGUGCUGAUAAAGUACAAGGAUGCUGAUGGAGAUCUUAUAACUGUGACCAGCACUGCAGAGUUAAGAUUGGCAGAAUCCUUUGUUGAUGAGAUCAAUAAGAAUGAAGUAAAGGCAGGUUCUGGAGUUGAUAAGGACGAUAAACUACAAUUGUUGCGGUUGCACAUUGUGGAGGUGAACCCUGAGCAAGAACCUCAGGUUCCUGAAGAUGAGAACCUUCUGGAGGAGGAAGGAAUGAACAUUGACCAGAGUGUUUCAGAUUCUGUGAAUGGGGAUUCCAUUGAAGAAGCAAUGAGCAAUGAGGUCAUAAAGACAGGUCUGGAGGCAAAAGAAGUUGCAAAAGAUAAGGUUGGAGUGCUACACAAGGGAUGUGAUCAUCCUGAGUGUAAGGAAGUCGAUAUCGAUGAUUGGUUGUUUGAAUUUGCUCAACUGUUUAGGAAUCAAAUUGGGAUUGAUGCUGAUGCACAUUUAGACUUGCAUGAGCUUGGAAUGGAGUUGUGCUCUGAGGCACUUGAGGAGACAGUGACAGGAGAGGAAGCUCAAUGCCUGUUUGACUUAGCUGCAUCUAAGUUUCAGGAAGUGGCAGCCCUAGCCUUCUUCAACUGGGGGAAUGUGCACAUGUGUGCUGCAAGGAAACGCAUCCCUUUGGAUGAGUCUGCACCUGAAGAUGUUUUGGCUACACAGCUUCAAACUGCUUAUGACUGGGUCAGUGAGCGAUAUGCUCUUGCUGGUAAGAAGUAUGAAGAAGCUCUUAAAAUCAAGCCUGAUUUUUUUGAAGGUUUGCUUGCUUUGGGGCAGCAAGAGUUUGAAACAGCAAAGCUCCAUUGGUCUUUUGCAUUGGCUAAGAAGCUUGAUCUAUCAACUUGGGAUUCUUCAGAAACAAUCAGACUAUUUGAUGGCGCAGAGGAAAAGAUGAAGGCUGCUACUGAUAUGUGGGAGAAGGUGGAACAGCAGAGAAUAAGUGAGCUUAAAGACCUUGGAAAAAGCAAGGAGGAGGAGUUGUUGAAGAAGAGAAAAAAACAAAGAGCUGCAGAUGGUCACGGGGAGUUAUCAGCUGAGGAGACUGCAGAGCAGGCAGCGGCAAUGAGAUCUCAAAUACACCUGUUUUGGGGAAACAUGCUCUUUGAGCGUUCCCAAGUUGAGUUUAAGCUUGGUUUUGGCAACUGGAAAAAGAAUCUUGAUGCUGCUACCGAAAGAUUCAAGCUAGCAGGGGCUUCUGAAGGGGACAUAUCCACAGUUCUUAAGAAACACGCAUCCAAUGAAACUGAAGCACAGUGCGAUGAGAAGAAAAUUACAAUUUCAAACAGUGAAGCAUCUGAAUCAAAUUCAAAGGAUGAGGAUAAACAUAUGCUGGAAAAUUAACAUUUGUAGGACUUGGUUAUCGAUCAGUGAAAUGGAAUUUCAUAUAGCUGUUUAUCUUGCGCAGAGGUCUAACUUUGCAUUCUUGGAAUCAUCUUAUUGGCAGCUGUGGUAUAUUUGACUUUUUAAUGGAGCAAGUUUCUGCUGCUCUGGUCAAUGAGGAUUGCUGAACCUCAUCGAGAACACUCCAAUUGUACAAGCAUUGCUGAAACCUCGGAACCAAGGUUGGCGUCCUAGUUCGGGUAGACUGCAUUUUUAUCGUUUAAAUUUGUUACCGAAAACUACAUUAUCAUUACAUUUAUUUCAGACUCUUCUUGUUCAACACACUUACCACUGGAAUUAUCUCUACACAACACUUGAAUUACUAUUCUAUUGUGUGUUUACCUAUCA